AUGGCCAAAGCAGUUAUUUUGGUAGGUGGGGAAACCACAGGCACGAGGUUCAGGCCAUUGACUAUGGACUACAUCAAAUGUCUUUUUCCAAUUGCAGGGAAGCCCAUCAUCAGCCACAUACUCUGUAAGCUCAUCAAGGAUUUAGGUGAUGAAUUGGAAGAAGUCUUUCUCAUAAGUUUCUUCAAAGAUCCUUCAAAAUUUGACAAUUACCUCAAGGCAAGCAAAAAAGAGUUUCCCGGACUCAAGGUGACCCUCUUGACUGAGCCCACGCCCAUGGGCACCGGAGGAGGCAUCUUCUUUUUCAAGGACCAAGUGCUAGGCAAUAAUCCAGAAUCCCCUAUCUUGUUCAUUCACGGUGACAUUGUGUGCGAUUAUCCGUUUAAGGAGAUGGUGGAGUUUCAGAAAGGCAGUAAAGCCGAUAUAGCCAUCAUGGGCGUGGAUCCGUUGGUGUUGCUCAAGGAGCAGGUAUUUCAGGGUUUGGAUAAGGAACAGGUGCUCCGUAGGUAUGGUACUGUUUUCUCCAACCGCGAGACACAUGAUGUAGUCCACUACGUGGAGAAACCAGAGUCGGAUAGUUUUGCCAAAUUUAGUGACACCAACUAUCAGACCUCUAUCAACGGAGGCAUUUACGUAUUUGGUUCGUCAAUCUUUAAGCAGUUGGAAGAAGCUAAUAUUAAGAAGGUGAAGUCUCUGGAGUUCAAGGCCAGCGCAAACGACUUGGAAGAGCCCUACAACCCUGACAUCUUAUCGUUAGAGUUGGACGUGUUCAAGGGCUCGCCCAGCAUGGAGAAAAGCAACUUCCGCAAUUUUGGCUUCAACAAGCUGUGGUACCAAUUGUCUACACCACGUAUCGCUUUGGCUGCGAAUGAAUUUUUCCUAAAGCAGGAUCCUGGCCAGUUGAGUGGCUGCAUCACGCCUCCAACGAAGAUUUUAAGCAAGUUGGGUUGCAAUGAGUGUAAAAUCGGACCCAAUGUUACAAUUGGAGCUAAUGUGACGCUUGGCGAGGGAACUCGACUCAAGAACUGUAUUAUCUGCGAUAAUGUCACCAUUGGGGCACACACAAUCAUCACCAACGCCAUCAUCUCGCUGGGAGUCAAAGUUGGGAAGUGGUGUCGUGUCGAGGGCACAUUAAGUGCUCCGAUCAACCAGGCCAGUGCUGAGAACGAUUCCAAGUUUUUGGGCAAUCUUGUUGUCUUGUGCAAGGAUGUUCAGGUCAGCAACCAAGUGUUCGUGUAUAAUUCGGUGGUUCUUCCUCACAAGGAAUUGAAGAGCGACACCAAGUACGAAAUUGUCAUGUAA